GCCUGGGUCUCGGUGGUUUUCCAGCUAUGGACGAAGCCCACCGGCAGGUCCUGCGGCGGUGCCGGCUGCAACUGGUCCGCGAGCUGCAGGUGGACUUGCUCUGGGAUCACCUGCUGGACCGCGAUCUCUUCACGCGGGACAUGAUCGAGGACAUCCAGCGCGCAGGCUCUGGGUCACGGCGUGAUCAGGCCAGACAGCUGAUCACAGAUCUAGAGACCCGAGGGAGCCGGGCCCUUCCUUUGUUCAUCUCCUGCCUAGAGGACGCAGGCCAGGAUGCUUUGGCUUCACUCAUGAGAACAAGUUGCCAAACAGCAAAGCAAGAUCUGGAGGUCAUCAGGCCCCUGGACAUUGAGCCUGCGGUGCUCUCACCAAGGGACCUCAGACCGGUGGUGUCCAGGCCAAUAGACAUUAGUCCUCCAGGAUUCAGUAAUGUCCGUACCCUGGAGACAUGGAAGGGAAAUGCUGACUUGGCGUACAUCCUGAAGGCGGACCCCUGCGGCCACUGCCUCAUCAUCAACAAUGUGAAUUUCCAUCCCGAGUCGAAGCUCAGCACCCGCAAGGGCUCCAACAUCGACUGUGAGAAGCUGCAGAGGCGCUUCGGCCUGCUGCACUUCAUGGUGGAGGUGAAGAGCGACCUCACUGCCAAGCAAAUAGACCGGGCUUUGAUGCAGCUGGCGAAGCAGGACCACAGUGCUCUGGACUGCUGCGUGGUGGUCAUCCUCUCUCACGGCUGCCAGGCCAGUCACCGCCAGUUCCCAGGGGCUGUUUACGGUGCAGACGGCUGUCCUGUGUCUGUCGAGAGAAUUGUGAACAUCCUCAAUGGAGCCGGCUGCCCCAGCUUGGGAGGGAAGCCCAAGCUCUUCUUCAUCCAGGCCUGCGGUGGGGAGCAGAAAGACCACGGGUUUUCGGUGGCCUCCGUGCCCCACAAAGACAGAGCCCCUGAGGACGACUCCGAGUCGGACGCUGCUCCCUUCCAGGACGGCCUGGGGCCUUUUGACCAGACGGACGCUGUGGCCAGCUUGCCCACCCCCAGUGACAUCUUCGUGUCCUACUCCACCUUUCCAGGUUUUGUCUCCUGGCGGGACACCAACAGCGGCUCCUGGUACGUGGAGACCCUGGAUCGCGUCUUGGAGCAGUGGGCUCACUCUGAAGACCUGCAGACCCUCCUGCUCAGGGUCGCUGAUGCUGUUUCGGAGAAAGGGGUUUUCAAGCAGAUGCCCGGCUGCUUUAACUUCCUGCGCAAAAAACUUUUCUUUAAAACAUAAAGACGCCGGGCUGCGCCCCCUGCCUGUUACCCCUAAACCUCCCUGCGCCAGGUGGGGGGCGGGGCUGCUUUUUCUCCAGUGAACCCAGACUGGCUCUUAGCAGCGGCCACACUGGGGACAAAUGACAUCACAGAAGAAGAGCUGCAGCCAUCACGGCCAUCGUGGCCCUUCCCCGUGUCUGGGCCGUCGGUGCAGUGGCUUGCGGCUCCAGCUGCCCAGCCUUGCCCUGUGGACAUCUGGGGCAGGUAAUCCUUGCGGUGGGGGCCACUCCUCAGGCUGGCUGAUAUUUGGCAGCGCCCUUGGCUUCAACCCACUAAUGCCAGUAGGUGGCCCCCCAGAAGGUCUUGGGUUAUUGCCGCAUGUCCUCCUGCAGGACACCUCCCCCGCCCCCAACUUUUUCAGAACCCCUGAUUACAGGAAAUUCUGGCUACAACCAGCAUCUUUCCUAGCAAGUUUGGAGCGACUAGAGUCUGCGGGCUGAAAUCUGUGAAUCCUACAUGAAUUUUUACGUUAUUAAUUUUGCCAGUAUUGCGGUAUUUAAAAAAUACGUCGUAGGCAAA